AGGAGGUGGAGCCACGAGGGGAUUAAGGCAGGUGACCAGAUAUGUGUCCCUUGGCCCUGCUGCGCCUUUCUCCACAUGUCCAGCCUGACAAACUUCUGUUUGCUCUUCAAACACCGUGGCAGCCGUCGCCUCCUGUCCUACAGAUGAAUCCUUCCUCUUUUGUGUUGCCUCUGUCCCUCUGAUUUCCAUAAGCAAAUCGAUCUCACGGUUGUGCAAGGCUUUGUUUACCUGUGACCUGACCACACAGCCAGCACAAGCUAGGACUGGGAAGAAAUGUGAAACAGCACUCUUCUCCAAAGGGUCUGGAACACCUCCUCCCCACCUCACGUACUAAACAGAUUUGUACAAAAGGACAGAUACGGCGGAGCUGCCACCAGGGCGCCCACCGGUUAGCUCGCGCCCUGCCCGCGAAGUAGGGGCCAUGGAUUAGACCCGGCUGCUGUUCCCGGGUUUCUGCAUCGGAGAGGAUGCCUCACGCCGAGCCACUUCCUCUUCCUCUCACUUUCAGCGGCGCAGACACCAAUCCCUCCCAGAAAAAAACUCUAACAGGAAGCGCGGAGGCCAGGGUACCCGGCAUCCAGCGCCCGAUCGCGCGUCGUCGCGCCGCCCGGGACUCGGAGCCGACCCCGCCCGCGGGUCCGAGCGGGCGCCGGGCGCCGGGGGAGGGACGGAGGGCCGCGCCGGCGCUGGGGGUCGCCGGGCGGGCGGGGCCGAGCGCGCAGCUCGCCAUGGAGGUGGAGGAGGCGUUCCAGGCGGUGGGGGAGAUGGGCAUCUUCCAGAUGUACUUGUGCUUCCUGUUGGCUGUGCUGCUGCAGGUGAGUCCCCCGCCGCCCCGACAGCUCCCCACGUCCGCGGGCUCGGCGUCCCCGCUUUCUCCCAACCGGGCCCGGCUGGGACGCCGAGGCUCUGCGAACACCCGUGAUGCGGCCGGUCUCCCCCGCCCGGACCUCGCGCGAGGGCGGGGCUGGGCCCUGGAACGCUGGGUCGCCAGCGCGCCGUCAGCCUCUGACCUUCCCUUCGGCGGUUCUGCCAGGCCCACCCACCCCCUCACCGCGAGUGGGUCGGCUGGUGAAGAUCAGGCCCUUGGGCACUGGCUCCUGACAGCCAAUGGCAGCGAGAUCCACAAGCACGUGCACUUCAGCGGCAGCUUCACCUCCAUCGCCUCUGAGUGGUUUUUAAUAGCCAACAGAUCUUACAAAGUCAGCGCAGCAAGCUCUUUUUUCUUCAGUGGAGUGUUUGUGGGAGUGAUCUCUUUUGGCCAGCUUUCGGAUCGCUUUGGAAGGAAAAAGGUCUAUCUCACAGGAUUUGCCCUUGAUAUCUUAUUUGCUAUUGCAAAUGGGUUUUCCCCCUCAUAUGAGUUCUUUGCAAUAACUCGCUUCCUGGUGGGCAUGAUGAAUGGAGGGAUGUCGCUGGUGGCCUUUGUCCUGCUGAACGAAUGUGUGGGCACUGCCUACUGGGCUCUCGCAGGCUCGAUCGGAGGCCUCUUCUUCGCAGUUGGCAUUGCCCAGUAUGCCCUGUUGGGGUACUUCAUCCGCUCCUGGAGAACUCUGGCCGUGCUGGUUAACCUGCAGGGAACGGUGGUCUUUCUCUUAUCUUUAUUCAUUCCUGAAUCACCUCGUUGGUUAUACUCCCAGGGUCGACUGAGUGAGGCGGAGGCUGCUCUGUAUCUCAUCGCCAAGAGGAACCGCAAGCUCAAGUGUACGUUCUCACUCACACCCCCGGCCAACAGGAGCUGCAGGGACACCGGAAGUUUCCUGGACCUGUUCCGGUACCGGGUCCUCUUGGGGCACACCCUGAUCCUGAUGUUCAUCUGGUUUGUGUGCAGCUUGGUGUAUUAUGGCUUAACUCUGAGUGCAGGUGAUCUAGGAGGAAGUAUUUAUGCCAAUCUGGCCCUGUCUGGCCUCAUAGAGAUUCCAUCCUACCCCCUCUGCAUCUACUUGAUUAACCAAAAAUGGUUUGGUCGGAAGCGGACAUUAGCAGCGUUUCUGUGCCUAGGAGGCCUGGCUUGUCUUAUUGUCAUGUUUCUUCCUGAGAAGAAAGACACAGGUGUGUUUGCAGUGGUGAACAGCCGUUCCUUGUCUCUGCUGGGGAAACUGACCAUCAGUGCUGCCUUCAACGUCGUGUAUAUCUACACCUCUGAGCUUUACCCCACAGUCAUCAGGAAUGUUGGGCUUGGCACGUGUUCCAUGUUCUCCCGAGUUGGUGGGAUUAUCGCUCCCUUCAUCCCCUCCCUGAAAUAUGUGCAGUGGUCUUUACCCUUCAUUGUCUUUGGAGCCACGGGCCUGACAUCGGGCCUCCUGAGUUUAUUACUGCCAGAAACCCUUAACACCCCGUUGCUGGAGACGGUUUCUGACCUUCAGGUGUAUUCAUAUCGGAGGCUGGGGGAGGAAGCUCUGGCUCUACAGACCUUGGAUACCUCACAGUCUGCAGACAAGGGGAGUGCUGUCGGGAGUGAGAGCGAGGAAGAGGAGGAGUUUUAC